AUGGCCGUGUGGAGUUGUUUACGCGCCUCCUCUCGCUCUUCAACUCGCCACCGUCUCUCUACUCUCCCGCUCCUCUUCGUCUCCCACUCUCCUUCCUUCACCGCCGUUCCUCUCUUCUCUCCGUCGCCGUCACCGUCACCGUCACCGUCCCCAUCUCCCCCGCCGUGUUUCUCCGCCUCUCACCACCGAUUGUUCUCUUCAGGACGAGAAUUCCCAAUUCUCAAUGGCGAUGAUUCUUCUUCGCUUCCGGUUCAAGCCGUCGUUGAUUUUCUCGACGGGUUUCAUCAGGUUUCAGGGCUGCCUUGGUGGAUGAUUAUUGCAUCUUCUACUGUUGCUAUCAGAUUAGCAUUGUUUCCCUUACUCAUACUUCAACUCAAUAAAUUGAAGAGGAUCUCUGAGCUGUUACGUCAGUUGCCUAUGCCGAUUCCAGAGACUCCUACAUUAAGAGGAUCUAUUGAUCAAUUUUCUCUGUUUCUUAAAGAAAGCCGAGCAAUUGGAUGCCCUUCUUUAUUGUGGUUCUUCCCUUACUUAUCCGUCCAGCUCCCAUGCUUUUUCUUAUUGAUGGCUAGCAUCCGGAAGAUGUCGCUAGAUGGUCAUCCUGGAUUUGAUUCUGGUGGUGCCUUAUGGUUCCAUGAUCUGAGUGAACUUCCUGGUGGCGCUUUUGGACCAGUCUUUCCAGUUCUAAUUGCCGUCUUCCAUUACAUUAACAUACAGAUUUCUUUUGAUUCAUCCACAGUUCGUCAAACUACCGGCUUGAUCGGGUUACUCAUGAGAUGCUACAAGUUGUAUUUGGAGAUCUUAAGUGUUCCUCUGUUUUUUGUUGGCUAUGCUAUUCCGCAUGGAAGUCUUGUCUAUUGGGUAACCAACAGCUCAGUUAGUAUAAUUCAGCAAUUAUCACUCAAGCACCCUAUGGUAGGAGCAAAGCUUGGUUUACUAGGUCAAUCCCCGUCCCCAAGCGUUGAGCAUUCCAUGGAGAUCAGUGAAUCCGUGAUCAAGUAUAUUGACUCUGACUUAAAAGAGCAAACCCUUUCUCUACAGACUUUAACACCUGAAGAACUUCUUUCUCUUUCAGUUCAGGUCUUGUCGAAAGGUGAUAAAGAAACAUCCAUUCAGUUGCUUCGAUUAGCUCUUGACAAAGAUCCUGGAUAUGUAAGAGGUUUGGUUCUCAUGGGGCAGGCGUUGUUGCAGAAGACGCAGUUGUCGGAAGCUACUAAAUAUUUAGAGCUUGCUAUCUCCAAGCUCCUUGAUGAGGUUGCAUCUGAUGCUGAGGAUGUUGAACUUCUGAUGCUUGCAUCUCAAUGGGCCGGUGCUGCAUAUGUGCAACAGGGAGAUAUGAAAAGCGGAAUCGCGCACUUGGAAAGAGUUGCGAAUCUGAAAGAACCCGGUGACCCGAAAAACAAAGAGCAUUACUUUGAGGCAUUGCUGCUUCUUUCAAGUGCUUUGUACAAAGAAGGACAGAGUCAUGAAGCUGCCAAGAUUUUACGAGUAGUAGUGGAUCACAAUCCAGCGUAUAAACAUCUUCUAACACAGUGUGAAGAUGAGAAUGAGCUUGUUAGCGAUCUUGUCAGUAGCAGGAAGGAUCAUUUCUGA